GGCCCGGUGCCUGCCGCUCCGCCUGGGGGCACGGUGCCUGCCGCUCCGCCUGGGGGCACGGUGCCUGCCGCUCCGCCUGGGGGCCUGGUGCCUGCCGCUCUGCCUGGGGGCCUGGUGCCUGCCGCUCCGCCUGGGGGCCCGGUGCCUGCCACCCUGCCUGGUGGCCCGCCCGAUGUGCCUCUGUCCUGUGCCCAGCCCGAUGUGCCUCUGUCCGGUGCCCAGCCCGAUGUGCUUCUGUCCGGUGCCCAGCCCGAUGUGCCAGUCUUUGAUAUCCUGCUAGUUGCCGGACCCGGGCGGUGGAACAUUUUGCCCAGCUAGGACUGUUUGGAGCAUCCUUAGGCCGCUCCUUGAGGGGGGGGGGUACUGUCAGGAAUGGACUUGCCAAUAAUGGUGGGACUCACCUGCCUUGUGGGCUGCAGUUACAGGGCUGACCAGUGGGUGCUUUCAGCAAUCAGAGACUCACCCCUGCAAUCAGCCAAACACCUGAAGCUGAU